AUGGACGUUAUACUUCAAAAACACGAGGCUAAACAUAUUUACAAGGUGCCGGAAGGGUUGAGAGAACUUUGCACUGACAUUUCGAGGGAAGUUCUCCGCUCGCAGCCGUCAAACCUGUACGCCUUUAUCGCAGAAUACGUGGACACGCUUCUGAUCACGCGCGAAAACACGAAAAUUGCGGUCAAAGUCGUAAACAACAUUCUGCUGGGAAGCCAGGCGAUUUUGUGCAUACUUUACCGAUCCGGUUUCACUUUGGAGCAGAUCGCCGUCGCGGCUCCGCGGAUCCAAAAAGCAUUCCGCGAGUACUUGGACGCAGUUGACACGCAACCGGUACAGAUAUGCGACGAUCCAACAUGCGACGAGAAAUCCAUGAUAUCCAUAAGAAGCAUCCUAGAAGCUACAGGGUCGACGCGAGAGGAGGCUGAACGCGCCGCCACAGUGAUACAGGCUGCUUUCCGCGGUCACUAUGAGAGAAUGGCUCUAAACGAGGCUCAAGGGAAGAUUCAAUGGCAGAGAGCAGUGACGAAUACACUGGACAUUUUAAGAAAAGCUGGUGCGACGCAAGCAGAAAUUUCCAAAGCAGCAAGACACGUGAAAUUCGCUUAUCGUGGAUACUACAUAAGAAGAAACCAGAGGAUCGACGCUCCGGAAGCAGACGAAGAGCCUCUUAAAAAGGACGAACGCAUACUGGAACCCGCGGAAGCCAUUCAAGCGGUCGCUUGGAUGGAGAUGAUGUACCAUGACUCUGGAUUAACGUUGGAGAAGGCCAACGAGGCUGCUUCGAUUAUUCAAAGAGCGUACAAGAAAUAUCGCACGAGAAGACGUUGCUACGAUGUGCAGCAAUUAGAGUCAACAAAGUCGAUGGUUGCGGAAGCUGUUAUCGACACUCUGCAUCACAGGAUUAUCGAAAAGGUGAUAUCACGCGAGGAUAUUCCCAAAGAAUACGGCACCCGUGAGGAGAUAAUAGCCACGACUGCGAAAUUCAAGAUUGCUUUCAAAGAGCAGAUCAGGAUGACGCGUUUCAUGCAAGAGGUGCAAGAAAUAGAAGAAGACGAAGAAGGAGAAAAAGAAGAAACCAAGGUAGAAGAAGAG